AUGGGUGCACUACGUCUUCACGUUGAUGGGAAGUCGUUUCGUGAUCCCCAAAACAGGGAGAUUAUUUUGAGAGGCAUCAACGUCGCCGGCGACGCUAAAUACCCUAAGUCUCCUGAUGUCCCCUCCUUCGUGUCCGACAAGUUUUUCGAUGCCGACGACGUCUCGUUUGUGGGACGGCCAUUCUCCUUGGGAGAGGCUCACACGCACUUUAAAAGGCUGCGUAAGUGGGGCUAUAAUGCAAUCCGAUACAUCUUUACCUGGGAGGCUAUCGAGCAUGCGGGACCAGGCAUGUAUGAUCAGGAGUGGAUCGCGUUUACCAUCGAGAUCCUCAGAAUAGCCAAGCAAUAUGAAUUCUAUGUGUUCAUGGAUCCGCAUCAGGAUGUGUGGUCACGAUUGUCCGGAGGGUCCGGAGCCCCAAUGUGGACACUUUACGCUGCAGGGUUGAACCCCAAGGCUUUCAAGAAGACCGAAGCAGCUCUUGUCCAAAACACUUAUGAUGAUCCUUCCCAGUUUCCGAAGAUGAUUUGGAGUACCAACUAUGCGCGUCUUGUCUGUCAGACCAUGUUCACACUGUUCUGGGCAGGACGAGACUUUGCACCUAAAGCUGUCAUCGAUGGCGUGAACAUCCAGGAUUAUUUGCAGAGCCACUUCAUUGCGGCUUGCAAGUACCUGGCUCAGAGGAUUCAUGAAGCUGGUGAUCUGGAACAUGAUGUGGUCAUUGGCUGGGAAAGCAUGAAUGAGCCUCACCGUGGUCUCGUGGGUUUCCAAGAUAUCUCUGCCGUCCCAGCCGAACAACAGCUUCAGCUUGGAACAUCCCCAACCGCCUUCCAGGCUAUGCUCACAGGUUCUGGGCGCGCUUGUGAAGUAACAACAUGGGCCUUUGGCGGCUUUGGUCCGCACCAAACUGGUUCAAAGCUUGUUGACCCUGUGGGUGAAAGUGCCUGGCUGCCAGCCGAUCAUGAUGACACCAAAUAUGGUUGGAAACGUGAUUCUGAUUGGAAACUUGGUGAAUGUAUCUGGGCUCAGCAUGGAAUUUGGGAUCCAAACACAGAUACGUUGUUGCAGAAGGACUAUUUCUCAAAGGUUCCCCAGACUGGUGACAAACUGAAUUAUGAGAUAUUUACCAACACCUAUUUCUUGAAUCAUUAUCGUUCAUAUCGAGAUGCCAUUCGGGAUGUUUGGCCAGAGGCCAUCCUGCUAUGCCAGCCGCCUGUUAUGGAGCUUCCCCCAGACCUGAAGGGAACAGUCGAUGACGAUCCCAACAUGGUUCAUGCGGUCCAUUACUAUGACGGGUUGACUCUUUUGACUAAGCAUUGGAACCGACUUUACAACGUUGACGUUAUCGGUGUCCUUCGUGGCAAAUAUUGGGCUCCAGCCUUUGCAGUCAAGAUUGGUGAGACAGCCAUCCGAAAUUGUCUGCGUGAUCAACUCAAAUUCCUCCGAGACGAGAGCUUGAACUACAUGGGGAAUCAUCCCCUCCUUUUCACUGAAAUCGGCAUUCCAUAUGACAUGGACGAUAAGCAUGCCUACCAGACUGGUGACUACAGCAGCCAGACAAGUGCCAUGGAUGCCAACCACUUUGCCUUGGAGGGUAGCACAUCCAAUGGAUUUACCUUGUGGGUGUACGAAACUGAGAACAAUCAUGAAUGGGGAGACCAAUGGAACGGGGAAGACUUGUCCAUCCUUUCCCAUGACGAUUUAGAAUUACCAUGUGGUGGGACACUUCGCUCAAUCGAUACCCAAUCUCCAGCCUACUCUGAAAGCCACAGUAGUGCAGAGGAAUCACAGGUUGAGCCACGCAAUCUCAAGCGGGCUCUUGUAUCCCCUUCGAUGUCCAGUGACUCCGCUCCACCACCAAAGGGCUACCGUGCCGCGCAGGCAUACAUUCGGCCAAGUCCUAUAUACGUCAACGGAAACCUUGAAAGCCACGUGUUUGAUCUCCAGAAUUGCACAUUUACCAUGAGUUUGACCGCUAAUAUGGCUACUGCCACUGACACACCGACUGAGAUAUACCUCCCUGACUUCCAUUUUCCUGAAACGAGCACCGCCGUUGCUGUCAGCGGAGGCAAGUGGGAAAUUGAAUGUCAAGAAAUUCAGUCUAUCAAGGUCCAGCGUCUGCGAUGGUGGCAUGCUGAAGGCGAGCAAGAUAUUAAGAUUGAAGGGGCCAAGCGCCAACCAGGCGAGUUCACCAACACCUCUGACGACGUGACCUAUCUGGAACAGUGCCAGCGAGGCCAAUGCAUAAUUAUGUGA